ACGGAAUUAACCACCGUUGAAGCGGCCCUGGCGAUUUGGUUUCUUUCAUUGCCUCAAACGGCUAAACUUCGUUUUGGUUUUUACAGUUUGAGGCAUUGAAGCAUUGAUUGCAACUUGGCGUGGCGUUACGGAAUUAACCACCGUUGAAGCGGCCCUGGCGAUUUGGUUUCUUUCAUUGCCUCAAACGGCUAAACUUCGUUUUGUGAUUUUUAGGCUUUGUUUGUUUGAGGCAGUGAAGAAACUGAACGUAACUUGGCGUUGGGUUACCUUACUAACCACCAUUAUACCAGCCAUGGCAAUUUGGUUUCUUAGAUUGCCUCAAGUGUAUCAAUUUUGUGUGGGUGUGUAUAAGAAAUCACGGGUGUUCAGAAUUUGAAUUUAUGAAAUUAAUUACUUUGAUUUUCAGGUUUUUACAGUUUGAGGCAUUGAAGAAUUGAAUGCAACUUGGCGUGGCGUUACGGAAUUAACCACCGUUGAAGCGGCCCUGGCGAUUUGGUUUCUUUCAUUUCCUCAAACGCCUAAACUUCGUGCUGGUAUGGGUAAAUAUUUUAUGGCAUAUGAUGAUUUUGAAGUAAUGAAAUAUGUUUCUCUGAUUUUCAGGCUUUGUUCAUUUCAGGCAAUUUAAGAAACCAAUGUAAUAUGGCGCGGUGUUACGCAAUUAAGCACCAUUGUAGACUCCAUUGCGAUUUGGUUUCUUAAAUUGCCUGAAAUGUAGCCAUUCACGUGGGCCUGUGUUUUUACAGUUUGAGGCAUUGAAGAAUUGAAUGCAACUUGGCGUGGCGUUACGGAAUUAACCACCGUUGAAGCGGCCCUGGCGAUUUGGUUUCUUUCAUUGCCUCAAACGCCUAAACUUCGUGCUGGUGUGAGUAAAUAUUGAAAGGGAUAGCAUUAAAAGCCGUCAAAGAAUCAACGAUGGAUGAUUCAAGCGACGAUGAUGAAGUCAAGCUUGUCAUGAAGAAGUUUUGUAAACUUCUAAGGAAGAAAGAAAAGGUUGAGGAUGGCCCUGUGUGCUAUGGAUGUGGUGAAGCCGGGCACAUCAAGAAUAAAUGCCCGAAAAGAAGGAAUGCUCGGCACUUCAAAAGGCAAAGGGCAUAUAUCUCUUGGGGUGGCGACUCCGGCGACGAGUCAACCGAUCAAGACGAUGAUGAAACUGCCAACCUCUAUCUCAUGGCACACGAAGACCAAACCGACGAUGUACAAGAGGUAUGUACCAUUUCUUCUGACUCUUACACCUUUGAAGAAAUGCAAGAAGCACUUCAUGAACUUUAUGAUGAAUUUGUUAGCGCUUCUAAAAUCAACAAAUCAUUAAAGAAACGCCUCUCCACUCUUGAAAAUGAUUUUGAAAAUCUGGAAAAAGAUAAUGAGAAGUUAAAACAAGAGAAUAAAUUUUAUGGCAAAAGAAGCGCCGACAAGCCAGAAAGUUCCUCAAACGAAUGUGAAUCUUGCAAAGCUUUAGAGGAACAAGUCACAAAACUUGAGGUAGCCACCUUCCCAUCGAUGGGUGACUUUUACCAUCGCUGGGAAGGCAGCCUUGUUUUCUUCUCGCUUUCCAGUAGCGACCCUCCCAUCGAUGGGAAGUUUCUUACCAUCGCGGGGACGGCAGUUGAAAUUCAAAAAUUAUGGCCGUUGGGCACCGAAUUUAAUGCCCAACAGCCAUAUUUUUUGAAUUCACACGGUUUCAUCUUCCUCUCCCUAUAUAUUCACAUCAUCCCUUACAUUCUUAACAUACAAUUAACACCACUCUUUCAUUCCUCUAGCCAAUUACACUCUUUUCAUCAAUCUUUCGUAAGAAACGCCUCAAUCAUGGCCGGAGGAAAGUCCAAGAGCAAGGCCUCCAAGAAGAAGACCGUCGCCGAAGCUUCGAGCUCUGCGCCUCAACCCUUCCCGUACCUGGACGGAUCCUUCUUGGAGUUUGGGUCGGAAGAGGAACUCUCUCGUUUCAUCACUCACUUCGCCAAACGCCGCAUCUCACCGCCAAGGGUGCUGCCCGAGUUGUUCCCUCAACAGAAGGGAUACCACGACCUCGACGAUCAACUCAAGGAGUCGGGUUUGUGGCCCUUCGUCUCCAAAAGCCACACCUCCUUCAAUCUCGCCUAUGUCCGGGCCUUUUACUCCAAUCUCCGCCAGGACGGGGACACUAUUCGCAGUAGCAUCAAUCUCUACGACCUAGAGUUUGAUUUGGCUACCUUUGCUCGGGUCGCAGGCUUGCCCACUCGCGGUGACGACAUCGCGACAUAUGGUGGCGAUGAUUGGAUUCUCAACAACGAGGCGGUGGUCAUCCAAGAGCUUGGAAUCACCAACCUCGUCCGUCACAGCGGCGCACCAACCAUCCACUCAGCCCCGCCGGAAGGGCGUCUUCUCCUAUACAUCCUCACUCGGAUUCUUCGCCCCCGGGAUAGUAGCCACACCAGUCUCUCCAACGAGGAUUUCAAGGCGGUUCAUGCUAUCAUCCAUGGCGCCUCGAUCAAUUGGGCAAAAUACGUCAUGAUUCACAUGGCGGAUUGCGCCUCCAUCACCACCGAGCGGAGCUUGCCAUACGCCUUCCUCGUCAUGGACCUCAUUGUUGCCUCCGACAUCCAUAUCGCCGGCCCGGACACAAAGAUGAUGAAGAUUUGGAUCAUCCAAGACAGCACCUUCCGGAAGAACUCCGGUGACGAAACCGGCGCAGGACCAAGUCGAGCUCCAGCCCCCGCUUCCGCCAAGGCCUCCUUACAGUCCAUAGCCGAUACCCUGAAUCGGCUAACCAUCGAGAGGAUUGACUGGUCGCUGCAACGCCAACACCACGACAUGAGGGCGUACUUCCGCGGCAUCAACUACGUCCCGCCGCCCUUUGACAGCACCUUCCUCGGUCAAAACUAUGAAGGCGAGGACGAGGAGGAUGACUCAUAUGCUCCGUCUUCCUCCCCCGACGAGGCCGACUUUGAGGACGCGGUCGACGGGGAUCUCAUGGACGUUGAGGACGACGAAGAAGACGAUGACGCCGAGGACGAGGACGCCGCUGCCUAGACUCUUCUCUCUCUCCUUUCCCUACUUUAAUUGCAUUUUUUAUUUCAAUUCCGUUGUACUCCGCAUUUUCUCCUUUUUUUAAUGAAUCAAUUCUAUUACAGUGAUUUUUAGGCUUUGUUUGUUUGAGGCAGUGAAGAAACUGAACGUAACAUG